AUGGCUUCCACCUCGACCGGCCAAACUACCCACCGCAACAUCCACAAACGCAGAGUGUGUCGGCGUUUUAACGUCGCUCUAAUUCCUAUCUUUCUUCCCCGAAACAUACAGAUUCUGGACAACGAAUCAGUUUUCCGGGGAGCGUUCCGGGAAGAGCUUAUGUGCAUGAUGCACUUCCAGAUUCUCGUGCUGCUCUCCGCUGAGGCUCGUCUUCAGCGCGAGGGAAUCUUAUUCAGAAAGUUCUUGAAGGAAAACCACUUCAAGCUUCUGUCUAACGGAAUCGUGCCGCCGAACGCCGUCUUCAGCAGCGCUAGUUUCGCAUCGGUGAAUAUCCCGAUGAUGGCGGUGUGGCUUACAGGGCUAACUGGGGAGGAGCGGGAGCGGUUUCAGGCGCUACGCAGAAAGUUCUCCGAAAUACAGUCCGACCGCGACCGCGCGGUGAUUGAGGCGGACGAGGCCUGCGACAAAGCUGCCGCGGAGCUAGAGAAGGGAAGGGAGGCCAGGUCAAACAAGAUGGCCGCAAAGCAGAGGGAGACCUUCGCGAGGAGACGAGCGGAGAGGGCGGAUGCAUGGACCGAGCAACUCGCAAUACAGGACCAGCAGAUGUUUGCGAGCCUGAGGGCCCAAUGGCUCAAGCACGACAACGUCACGGUACACCCAACCCACAAGGUGUGCGUGCCUACUCUGCUUCUGAAUUCACCGCUGUCAAGUUGGUCGCCCUUUCCCACCUCACAUAUUUCUGAAAGAGGAUGUGGUGACCGAAGGUAUUUGUUUCAGUAG